AUGUCCCCGCAGCGUCGUCCCGAUGUGGAGCCGAAAGUGUCUUCCGAAGCCCCGUCAACUAUGACGCUCAAGGAACUUACAGAGACCUCAGAUGAGGGUCUCCGCAUUCUGAUUGUUGGUGCAGGGAUCGGUGGUCUUACUGCUGCUAUUGCACUACGACAGCAGGGACAUCGUGUUGACCUUUUCGAACGCUCACGUUUCGCAAACGAAGUUGGCGCUGCCAUCCACCUUUCACCAAAUGCCAAUGGAGUUCUCCAACGGCUCGGAGUCGAUGCCACCAAAUUCGGCGCUCUGGAAGCUGAAUUGCGCUGGCUCCUCGUCCACCGUGCUCACUUCCACGAUGGUCUGAAAGCUUUCGCUCAAGCCCCAGGCCGUGGACACCCCGCUAGCCUCCACACAGCCAGCAAAGUAACCGACAUUGACCCGCACGCCGCAACAGUAACCCUCGAAGACGGCACUGUCAUAACCGGUGAUGUCCUUAUCGGCGCAGAUGGCGUUCACUCCCUCACCCGCACCAAACUCCCCGUCAACAACACACCUUACAGCUCGGGGAAAAACGCCUUCCGCUUCCUGAUUACCCGUCAACAAGCCCUCGAUGACCCAGACACCAAUUCCAUGGCUCAAGACUUCGGUGCAGUCGAUAUGUGGGACUCGUCUGAUCGACGCGUGGUCAUUUAUCCAUGUGCGAAUAACGAGUUACUCAAUUUUGUGUGUAUUCAUCCUGAUUCGAUGACUACGAUCGAUACUAGCGGAGACUCGUAUAAUCAGCAGAUCGGGAAGGACACAUUGUUGGAAGUUUACAAGGACUUCAAUCCCCAGGUUAAAAAGUUGCUUGAAAAGGCUGAUCCCGCGACGUUGAAGUUGUGGCCGUUGCUGGAUAUGGAGAUGCUUCCGGACUGGGUGAAUGGGAAAAUGGCUGUCCUUGGUGAUGCGGUUCAUCCGUUCUUGCCAUAUCGGGCGUCUGGUGGUGCGAUGGCCAUUGAAGAUGCGGUUUCAUUGGCUGUUAUGUUGCCGAAGGGUGUGGAGAAGGAGGAUGUGGAGGAGAGGCUGAGGGUUUAUCAGAUUGCGAGACAUGAACGUGCAACCACUAUCCAGCAGAUGACUCGCGAGUCGGCGCAACUGGUUUCUGCGGAAAAGGCCAUGGGAAUGGUCGGUUAUAUCUACGGCCACGAUGAAUUUGACCACUCGGCUCAGGUCCUGCGGAAAUACCUCUGGUCCAAGAAUCCACACAUGUACUGGCGCCAGCCUAUCGUCUUUGGACCCAUGCCAGGCCCCCGACAAGAUUGGAUGGGUAAUGACCGGGCACUGAAAUCCCUCGAGUCAACCUUUGUGACAGCCUCGAUCAAGUUCAAGACUAGUCGCACGCUCUUACAAAACCUCUUCCCGAAUGACCGAUAUAGCUUCAUGUCGCCGAGUACCGUCGCGCGCGCCUCUUUCUCCCAAACCACGUUAAAUGGUAUGGACUGGCUCGGCGGCGGCGGAUACAGACAUAUUGGACUGUAUAUCCACGGAGUGCAGUAUAAGAAACAGAAUGGGGAGGUGCUGAGGGGUACUUACAUGCCUAUUCUGUUUGAGAGUCUUGCGGACCCGAUAGUCUCGGGGCGUGAAGAGCUCGGCAUGCCGAAGCUAUUCACGGCUAUUGAUGUGCAUGAGCGUCGCGACUCGUAUCGCCUGCAGACAAGCUGGCAAGGGGCUGUGUGGGGCCAUUUCGAGUUCGAGGAUCUGGAGGAUCAGGAUCCCGCGGCCGACAAAGGUACGAUUGGCGGGGAAGAUGAUGAGGGAGUUCUGGUCCACCGGUAUAUUCCCAAGGUUGGCCGGGUUACCAAGGGCGAAGCGGAGGCGGAGUAUCCUGUGUUUGUGCCGCAUGCUCAGGAAUCCAAGGUUGUUCCGAGUAAAGUGACCAGGCUGAGAAGGACGAAGAAUGCCAAGGUCGAGAUCAGUGGGCUUGGAUGGGAUGCGCUGCCUACACUGCAUCAUGUUGUGGAGAGGUUAGCGGAGAUUCCCAUCGACGAGGUGGUCGAUGCGAAAAUUACCGAAGGGCGGGGUGUGCCUGAUGUGUCUAGUGCUCAGCGGGUUGAAUAG